AUGGAUUACGACAAAGCCAAUAGUGAAAUAGUGUUUGAUAAAGCCACUAUUUCUAUAAUGUGUAUCGAGUGUAGUGAAUAUGAUUUGGUUGCAUUAACAGUUGUUGAAACGGAUAAUCAGUAUGCUCUAUAUGUGCCUGAAAUGAAAGUUAAAAACUUCAUUACUGAUUGUAAGAAUACUGAAAUAAUGGUGAGUCAGAUAUACAAAGAUAAGGAAACUCUUGUUUCAGUAAUGGCUAGACACGCAAUAGCGAAUGGAUUCAACACAAAAGCGAAACGAUCCAAUAAAAAAAGCUAUGUACUCAUUUGUUGUAACGAAGAUUGCCAGUGGGUCAUGAAGGCCUCUUGUAUGAAUGAAUCAGAAUUGUUUGUGAUUAAAACAUUUGUUUCGGAGCAUAGUUGCAGUCUUAGGGACCGAGUGCUGAAUAAUGUGGUUGCGACAAGUAAUUUUGUGAGUGAAUUUACUGCCCCAAAAUUAAUCAAUCACAAAAGAAUACACACCCCCGCGGACAUUAUCGAAGAGAUGAAAGCUGUUUACGGAGUUGACAUUAACUACACAAAAGCAUGGCGUGCAAAAAAAAAAGCGAUUGCGAUGCUUAGAGGUGGACCAGUAGAUAGAUACAGAAAAAUGCCCUGUUAUAUAUAUAUGUUGAACCAAGUGUAUCCCCAAUUGCACAUUCGAAUGCAUAAGGUAGCGGAUAACGAGUUUAAAUACUUAUUUAUUGCAUUGCGCCCGAUGAUUAGGGGUUUUAAAUUUUGUAAAACUGUUGUUGUUGUUGUUGACGGGGUACAUUUAAGUGGUCCAUAUAAAGGAACAUUUGUAUCGGCAAGCACAUUAGAUGGUGCAGGUUAUAUUCUACCAUUAGCUUACGGUGUUGUUGAUUCAGAGAAUGACAACGAGUGGAUUUGUUUUUUUCAAAAGUUUCGAGAGGCAUUUGGUGAAACAGACAACAUGAAAAUCAAAGAUAGACUUAGUAACCUUUAUUAUUCCAUGGCUAAAUCUUAUAACAAAGAAGAUUUUGAAUAUAUUAUGUCAAAGGUUGCUAAGAUUGAUCAAAGAGUUAAGAAAUAUCUGGAGGAAGCUGGGUAUGAAAAAUGGGCUCAGUGUCACUGUCCUGUAAAUGGAGGUAGAAUAAUGACUUCAAAUAUAGCCGAAUAUAUUAACGGUUGUUUGGUUGAGGCUAGAAAACUUCCUAUUCUAGGUUUCCUAGAAGAAGUUAGAAUAUUAUUUGCUGCAUGGAAUUGUAAGAAAAACGAAAUUGCAUCGUACACAAAUACAACUCUUGGCAGAAAAUUUGAAGAUAUUCUAACUCAUAAUGGUGUUAAAUCUUUGCGGAUAACAGUUAAACCAGCAGGAAGUUAUCUUUAUUGUUCUUAUGAUUCGGGACGGAGGUACAUUAUAGAUAUUGAGCGUGGCACGUACAAUUGA